GAUUCCCCAAUAAAAAACCAAAGAAAAUGGAUUGUUUGCAACGAUCUUUUCGUGAUUCAUUUCGACGAAGAAAGGAUCGGGUACCAGAAUCAUCGAAACCACAUCAAUGGCAAGCAGAUGAAAAAGCUGUUCGUUCAGCAACAUGUUCAUUACCUGUAAAAUAUUUAGGUUGUGUUGAGGUAUUCGAAUCGCGCGGCAUGCCAGCUUGCGAGGAGGCCCUGAAAGUUUUAAGGAAUUCCCGUCGUCGUCCUGUUCGUGGCAUGCUUCAUGUAAGUGGGGAUGGUUUGCGUGUAGUCGAUGAUGAAACGAAAGGUCUUAUUGUCGACCAGACCAUUGAGAAAGUGAGUUUUUGUGCGCCAGAUCGUAAUCAUGAACGUGGAUUUAGCUAUAUAUGCCGAGAUGGUACUACUCGUCGUUGGAUGUGUCAUGGUUUUCUUUCAUGCAAGGACAUUUGUGAACGUCUAUCGCAUGCUGUUGGUUGUGCGUUUGCCGUUUGUUUGGAACGUAAACAACGUCACGAUAAGGAGUGUGGUGUAACAAUGACAUUUGAUGCAAAAAGUGCAACUUUUACACGUACUGGCUCAUUUCGUCAGCAAACACUAACUGAACGUUUGGCAAGUAAUGAACGUAGUGUCGAUACGCCUUCAGUGGCAGUUCCUCCACAGCCACAGGCAAAGCCAUACAAUCCUUUUGCCAUUGAAAGGCCUCAUGCUACACCAUCUAUGCUAGAAAGGCAGGGUUCAUUUCGAGCCUUCAGCACAAUCGGUAGUCAGUCGCCUUUCAAACGACAAAUGUCGUUGCGUAUUAAUGAUCUUCCGUCCAAUGCAGAGCGGCAAAAAGCAUUCUUAACAGCUAAUACCAACACACUUGCUUUAACUACUCCCAAUCGUGGUGUUUCACCUAUAACAGAAGUCUCACCGGCUAAAGCAAGACUUGAUACAGAAAUCGAUAGUAGUACAACAGUUGAUACAGUAAGUCAGCUAUGUCAAGAGCUGAGCCAAGGCUUGUCAUUACUAACACAAACAGACACAUUGAUUGGCACUGAAGACGAUAUUAAUUUCAAUAAUAAUUUAAGUAUUAAUCAGAAUAUUAUUGCAGCUGAAAAACAACAACAGAAAAUAGUUACUGCAUCGCCUAUAAUAUCAAACAGUUAUGGGUAUAUUGCUACUGGAAUAAGCAGCACUAAUAGUACACCUACUGCACAAGUAACGCCGCGAAUUUCCUCCAUUUCGCCAGUUUCCAGAACUUCGCCACCAAUGAAUUCAACUGAAACGACAUCUCAAGCAGUUAUAACGCCAACAACAAAUGCCGUUGCAAUAUUAACACCACCAACAACAACAAUAGCAGCGCCAGCAACAAUGACUGUAUGUGCUGAUCAUUGGUAUGGUCAAGUAGUCAAAAGUAUUUCACCAGUACCAAUUAAACGUGCUCCACAUAUUGCUGCAACCGGUCGAGCACAAUCGUUAAGCUCAGCACCAAACGCUGUAGACCUCUUUGACGCAGAAUGGGUUGCUAACGUAACAAAACCACUAUCGCCAGACUUACCAGUUCCCCAAGGCAAAGCACCACUACACAGCACCAAUCCAUUCAUUUCACCUCCUAAGCCAACCCAGACAUUCCAAGUAGAACUUUGAAGAAAUGAAAAAAUAAUCAAUCGGGGGAUCAAUACAAAGCAACACAUCCAUACAAACACACAAACACAUACCUAAAAUUUAGAAAAAGUAAAAAUUAUAUUAAAAAUAAAUAAUCAUUAUUAGCACAAGGAUUGCAAAUUACAAAAUUACUAAGAAGCAGAUAAACAGUUUUUGAGGAUUCUACCUUGUCCGGAUGAGAAUGCGGAUAUCUAUGUUAAUGCAGCUUAUGAUGAGGAAGUUAUGAACUAGAAAAUCAAAACCGACCAUUCGUACGAGUAUUUAUUUUUAUUUGCGAUUACA